AUGUAGAUCAAUUGAUUGAUAUUCGUGUUACAUCAUCCAAUUACGAAGUUUUAUCGAACAUCGAUUUUUUUAUUUUUUUUAAAAAAAUGUAUUCCACUAGCUUAGUUCGUUCUUUCAGAGCAGCAGGUUCUAGUAUGUAAUAAUAAAUUGACUUACUCUAUACUAAAGAAAAUAUUUGACAUUUAUAACUUGAUAAAUAGGCUCAUUGCUUAGAACUUCUAUGACAAGAAAUGGUGUUUUUUCCAUUUUGAAGAGAAAUACGCGACAAGACACUACGUCAGCAACAUCCCAAGGAACGUCUCAAGAAGAGAUUCUCGUUAGCCAACGUGCAAAACGACCUCUUUCCCCUUUUAUGAUUUAUCAACCGCAAUUGACAUGGUAUAUGUCAUUUGCACAUAGAGCUACUGGCGCAGGAUUGGCAGCCGGUCUUUAUGGAACAAUAGCUGCUUAUGCAUUUGGUGGGCCUGAUUCUGACACUUUAGUUGCUGCAGUAUCAACUUUACCACCUACUCUGAAACUUGCGGGAAAAUUCUGCAUUUCUUACGCUUUUACUUAUCAUACAUUUAAUGGAAUCAGGCAUUUGAUUUGGGAUACUGGAAAAGCUUUAACAAUUAAAGGAGUAUAUGGAACGGGAUAUGCUGUAUUGAUACUUUCUACACUUUCAUCUAUUGUUCUUAGCGUGAUUUAAAUUUUUUUUGUUAUUGUACUAAAUAUUAUCAUUAGAAAUUAUAAAUUAUUUUGAAUAAUAAACAGAUUGUUGUGUAUUGUUUUGGGUUUGUAAACUAUUAAACAUCUUUUAUUCAGUUCGGUCAAAUAGUAAACUUCCAAAAUUUCAUG